AAUAAUCGGUGAAAUAAACACAACAAUUUGAGGCCACAGCCACUGUCUCUUUCAUAUCCCCAAAUCCAAUUGCUCGAGCUCAAGCUCAACCCUAAUUUUUUCAUAUCACUACUCCACAAACCCUCACUCGAGCUCACCUCGAUCGCCGAUCUUCCUAUAGGCGAUCCUUCCUCAUCUUAUCCCUCCGAUUUCCGCCGUAGCUCACAGCUCACUGGUUCGAUCUCGGAGUUGAUGACGAAGAAGUCGCCGAUUUCACGACGGAGUUGAUGGACGGCCACAGAUAUGCCUCAACUGCGUAGCGGAGCGCGCAGAGGCCGCCGACCCGCUGUCGCAGCUCCCGCUCCCGAACGGAACAAGGGGAAAGCCGCUCGAGCUGACAAGGAAACCGUGCCAGCUGCUGGGAAACGAGCUGCAGGGAAUAGAGUCGACGCCGCCGCCGCAGGUGGUGCUGAUAAGGAGAAGGAGGUUUUGGUGAGGGAUUGUGGUGGUGGUGGUGGAGAGGCACAUGUUGAUGCUGCUGUGAAGGAAACGACGUCGUUGAAGGUUGGGGAGGAUAAUAAUAACAAAUUAGAGGAGGUGGGAGAAGACGUGGGAGAGAAGAAGAUGGAUGAGGGUGAUAGUGGCGGUAACGGAAGUAAGGGGUUGGGUGCCGAGGAUGAAGGAAGCACUACUCCUAUUCCUGAAAGGGUCCAGGUUGGUGGUUCUCCAGCUUAUCGAAUUGAUAAGAAACUAGGGAAAGGUGGAUUCGGCCAAGUUUAUGUAGGCCGGAGAAUCAACCCCCCAAACCCAAAUGAAAGAAAUGGCCCAGGAGCUGUAGAGGUUGCUCUGAAAUUUGAGCACCGUAGCAGCAAAGGCUGUAACUAUGGACCACCUUAUGAAUGGCAAGUUUACAGUGCUCUUGGUGGUAGUCACGGCAUACCCCGUGUGCAUUACAAAGGACGUCAGAGUGAUUACUAUAUUAUGGUAAUGGAUAUGCUAGGUCCUAGUUUAUGGGAUGUCUGGAACAACAAUUCAAAUACAAUGUCAAUUGAAAUGGUGGCAUGUAUUGCCAUUGAAGCCAUAUCCAUUUUGGAAAAGUUACAUUCUAGAGGAUAUGUGCAUGGGGAUGUAAAGCCAGAAAACUUUUUGCUUGGUACACCUGGAACUGCUGAUGAGAAAAAACUUUUUUUGGUUGAUCUUGGAUUGGCUGUUCGGUGGCGUGAUAACUCAACUGGUCUUCAUGUUGAUUAUGAUCAACGACCUGAUGUAUUCAGAGGAACUGUGCGGUAUGCUAGUGUGCAUGCUCAUCUGGGAAGGACCGGUAGCCGUAGGGAUGACCUGGAAUCCCUUGCUUAUACCCUCAUUUUUCUUCUUCGAGGUCGCCUUCCUUGGCAAGGUUAUCAGGGUGAGAAUAAAGGAUUUCUGGUGUGCAAAAAGAAGAUGGGAACUUCUCCAGAAGCCCUUUGUUGUUUCUGUCCUGCGCCUUUUAAACAGUUUGUUGAGUUCGUUGUUAACUUGAAGUUUGAUGAAGAGCCCAAUUAUGCAAAAUACAUAUCCCUUUUUGAUGGGAUUAUUGGUCCAAAUCCGGACAUCAGGCCAAUCAACACUGAAGGUGCUCGAAAGCUUGUAUAUCAAGUCGGACAGAAGAGAGGAAGGCUUAUGAUGGACGACGAUGAUGAUGAGCAGCCAAAGAAGAAAGUCCGCAUGGGAAUGCCUGCUACACAGUGGAUUAGUGUGUACAAUGCUCGAAGACCAAUGAAGCAAAGAUAUCAUUACAAUGUGGCAGAUUUAAGAUUGGACCAGCAUAUUGAGAAAGGAAAUGAAGAUGAACUUUACAUUAGCAGUGUUGCCUCUUGUUCAAAUCUAUGGGCCUUAAUUAUGGAUGCAGGAACCGGUUUUAGUGAUCAAGUCUAUGAACUUUCACCUCAUUUCCUUCAUAAGGAAUGGAUCAUGGAACAAUGGGAGAAAAAUUACUACAUAAGUGCCAUAGCAGGGGCUAAUAAUGGGAGCUCAUUAAUAGUCAUGUCUAAGGGUACCCCAUAUCUGCAGCAGUCAUAUAAAGUUAGUGAGUCAUUUCCAUUCAAGUGGAUCAACAAGAAAUGGAGAGAAGGUUUUUACGUUACUGCCAUGGCUACAGCUGGAACUAGAUGGGCAAUUGUUAUGUCUCGUGGGGCAGGUUUUUCUGAUCAGGUUGUCGAGUUGGACUUUCUAUAUCCAAGUGAAGGUAUUCAUAGGAGGUGGGAUUCUGGCUAUCGCAUCACAUCCACUGCAGCAACAUGGGAUCAAACUGCCCUUGUUCUUAGCAAUCCACGACGGAAACCUUCAGAUGAAACACAAGAGACACUUCGGACUUCUGCUUUCCCAAGCACACAUGUUAAGGAGAAAUGGGCAAAAAAUCUUUACAUAGCAUCGGUGUGCUAUGGGAGAACUGUAUCUUGAUGUCUCGUAAUUUUGUUGGAGGAGGCUACUGGAAGAUGAAGUCCUCUCUGAUCAAACUCAAUUGUUAUUUUCGUAAUCAGAGGAAGGGGAGAUCUUUGGUCUGUGGUCAAGCUGACUCGUGUCGCUCUAAGGACCUGAUUUGUGCUUACUAUUGCCAUUGACAUAUAGGAGCCUGUGUAAAACCUCUGCACCGGACUGUGAUUAUGUCUAAAUGCUUUAGGAAAGUGUUAGAACUCCGGCAAGUGUAAUUCGAUCAUUCCUUAAUGUUUGUAUAGUGAUGGAAAUUGAAUGUUUGAUGACAGUAUUCAGCAGGUGUGUCUGUAUUAGCAGUGCUUGUAUAUGUAAAAUCAGGUUUUGCAACCCAUGGAUAUGUUCUAUUAAAUGUACUUGUCUCCUCAUUAUUUGUAACUAUAUUUCAUAUCAUUUGACAUGUUUCUUUAA